ACUUCUCUCUCAGACGUACCGUUAGCGGAUAAACGCGUCGAGCGCGGCGGAGGACCUCGGCAGCUCGUCGACGAGAAACGUCCGCGGGAAGCCCCGUCGAAUGGCGGAGGAGCGUCGAGUCGCGUCGUUUGUGUGUGUGCGUCCCGCCGCAAGGGAGACGUCAUGAGAAGAGAGCACCGCGGCGCGACGCCAGCGCGUCAUUUACAAACAGUCUCGCGGACGCUGCGUGAAUUAGCUGCGCUCGAGGACUGUCACACUCGUCGGUGUUGAAGGAGCGAGGGCUAUGGCAGAGACAGAAGUCACUGUGUCUGUGGAGGACAUGGUGGGGAUGAAGAGCGCUGAGGAAGAGGAUGGAGAUCCCGACAACCAAAGCAAGACUCAGCUGAUCCUGCAGCUGCAGCCCAUCACAGCUGGACUUGGAGAUGAAAGCAGUGAGACAGAUUCAGCAGUUGUGGCUGUGGAGGCACAAGACGAGGCGUCUGCUGAAGGAGAGGAUUUGGAGCUUGGUUAUCCCAUUACAUGCGGCGAGAGUAAAGCCAUCCUUCUAUUCAAGAAGUUUGUCUGCCCGGGAAUCAAUGUCAAAUGUGUGAAGUAUGAGGAUCAGUUGAUUAGUCCAAAGCAGUUUGUGCACUUGUCGGGGAAAGCCACCUUGAAGGACUGGAAGCGAGCGAUCCGGAUGGGUGGAGUUAUGCUCAGAAAGAUGAUGGACUCGGGUCAGCUGGAUUUCUAUCAGCACAGCACUCUCUGCACAAACACCUGCCGAAGCACCAAGUUUGACCUGCUGAUCAACAACACACGCUUCCCACCGGACGGCAGUGGACUCAGCACAGCCACCACAGCUCAGGGGCAUGUUUCUGUGGGUAACGGAGGUCACACGCACACAGUGGAGGAGAAGAAAGAAGAGGUGAUCAGUACGGUGGAGUGGAGCACAGCCUCGGCAGAAAGCCCAGAGAAAAGAGACUCACCUGAUAUCUCAGACGAGACGCUGAGUUUCUGGAGGGGCAUCGCUGAGGUGGGGCUGAUGGAGGAGGUGGUGUCUAACAUCCGCUCGGAGCUGCUGAGUCUGCUGAGAGGAGUUCAGCUGCACACCGAUCCCAGCUCUCUACAGGAUGCAGAGAUUGCGGUUCUGAGUAACCUGGCUCAAGUCUUUGACCUGCUGGACUCCAUCAAACAAAUCCUGAACGUUCGACGGCGAACGACGGACCCAGAGCAGACGCAGGUCCUUAGAGCACUGACAACAUUGGAGCAGCAGGUGGAGGAGCAGAAGCGGCAGCAGUCGCUCAGCUGGUUGUCUCAAUCCCAGGCCCUCAGCAGUCUGCUUCUCCCCUCCCCACCUCCAUCCAAACGUGCUCCCAAACGCCCCCGCCUCCAGCGGCCCGCCUCCACCACAGUACUCUCCACAUCCGUCGCCCAGCCACUCACCCUCCAGCCCCAGCAGUUCACCGUGCUCUCCCCCAUCACCCUCUCCUCCAUCGGCCAGUCGUUCGCAGUGGCCGGUCUCAACCAAGCCUCCAACACGGUCACCCUACACACCCUCCCAGCCGGCUUACAGCUCUUCAAAAGAAUCGCUAAGGGUUCGGAUGGAAAAACCGAAGCCAUUGCACUCCAUCCGACGUCUGGGCUCACGCUGAUGGGCGCCACAGCCAUGCCGGACCAUGGGCAGCUUGUGAGCCCCGUCGAGCUUGUCCAGUUCACGCAGAAGACAACCUCCGGCGUAGCCCAGGACAGUCAGGUGGUGGCAGGCACGGUAGUGAUGCAAGAGAGCGUCGUCAGUGUCGUGCACGAGGACGAGAGCCAAGACAACACCACCCUGAUCGAGAUAGACCCAGCCACCGCUGACCACAGCGUGAGCGUCAUGGAGCUGCAGCUCGAGGGCGGAGCGACUGUGGUGGAAGGAGGCGAGGAGGUGGUGCAAGGCGAGACGGAGGAGGAGAUUCAGCUCAAUGCCAACGAACAGAUCCACAAAUUAACCGUUGUUGUGGUGGAGGAAGAGACGCAGGGCGCUGGCAAAGCCAAAUGAGACACUGACACGCUCACACAAACCGCCCUCAGAGACUGACGGACCGAAUCAGACAGGGACGGGGAUUGUGUCACCCCUGGUGGAGUCUGUGUUUGUCCUUCCAGCUGUCUUAUUUCUUCAUCACUCUCUUCCUGCACAGCCAAGCUCGGCUCUUCAAGCCUGACGUGUCACGUAUUUUUGUAAAAGCAAGUUCUCAGUAUUCCUUUUUUUUUUUUUUUUUUACAUGAGAAGUAACAAUUUGUGAUGUUUCGUUGGAACACAUUCAGUAUUUGCUUUCGUUUUUGAGUGUGGAAGUUUAGAUCGAGCACUUAUUUUUCAGUUUCACAUUGUUUCGGUGCCCAAAUGUCAUGUUGUAGCCAGAUUAUC